AUGAUGUUGUCUCGUCGUGCGUGCUACAAGUGUGGCAACAUUGGCCACUAUGCGGAGGUCUGCUCUUCCUCGGAGCGUCUCUGCUACAACUGCAAGCAGCCUGGGCACGAGUCCAGCAGCUGCCCGCGUCCCCGGACUACCGAGACCAAGCAGUGCUACAACUGCCAGGGCCUCGGCCAUGUCCAGGCUGACUGCCCCACGCUGCGCCUGAACGGCGCCAACGGCCGUUGCUACAACUGCAGCCAGCCCGGCCACCUUGCUCGCAACUGCACCAACCCCGCUGCUCCCGGUGCUGGCCGCGGCGCGGGUGCUUCUCGCGGCGGCUUCCAGGGCUUCCGUGGUGGCUUCAGUGGUUACCCUCGUGCCGCCACCUGCUACAAGUGUGGCGGUCCUAACCACUUUGCUCGUGACUGCCAGGCCCAGGCCAUGAAGUGCUACGCCUGCGGCAAGCUGGGACACAUCUCCCGUGACUGCACCGCCCCCAACGGCGGCCCGCUGAGCUCUGCCGGCAAGGUCUGCUACAAGUGCGCCCAGGCCGGUCACAUCUCGCGGGACUGCCCGACCAACGAGACUGCUGCUCAGCCGGCCGUCGAUGCUGCUGCCCCUGCCCCUGCUCCUGCUCCUGCCGCGGCCACGACCGCCGCUGAGGCCAGCACCGAGGCUGCCCCCGUGGCGGCUGCGGCUCCGACUACCGCCGUUGCAUAA